GUGUUGUUGGCUUCUGCUACGUUCUCUGUAUUUUCUUAAUGUUCUUGGUUGAUUGCAGUGUUUUAAGGUGAAAAAAAGGGUGAUCUAGAUUCAGAUCCAGAAACACGAGGGUAAUAUUUUCUGAUGAAAAAACCAGACCUUUUAGUAUUCAAUGGUCACAGAAAUUUGGUUUGAAAAAAAAAAAGACCAGUACAUGGUCUUUGUUUCACUUGGUUUUAUUAUUGAAAUCUUUUUUUUAUAGCAAAGAAACAAAGUUCAAGAAAGAUUCCUGAACUGGGUUCUCUUUACUUCUCCAAUUGUAGCAUUCUGUAGAUUUAAAUGCAGUUUUUGUUGUGUAAAUGCAAGCAAUUUUGAUGCUGGUCUACCUGGUCAUGUCUCCAAUGGAAGUUUAGUUGCAUUGAGCAGACAAGCUGAUCUUUCCUUAUGUGGUUUUGUUUUGAAGAACAAGCAAGUUUGCAUUUAAGCAAACUUUAAAAAGGUCAAGUAAUCGAGCAAUAUUCUAAGAGGCAUUUUGUCAAACACUUGAGUGAAGAAAAAUCAACUUUGGCGUUCAACGAAAGUUGAGAAGACAUGAUUUUUCUUUUGACAUCGAUUGUGUACUUGAUCUUCUCCAGAAGACAUGAGCAGUAGUCUUUUGUACACUCCUGGUUUCAAGUACCCAGAUAGGAAUUUUCGGAAAAACCAAGAUUUCAUGGACUUAAAUCACCACCACCAUGAUUAUCAUCGUAUUCAUGAUCAUAAUCAUUAUGAACAGCAACAAAUACAGAAUCAUGACUCUGGUCUGAUGAGAUUUCGCUCUGCAUCAAGCUCUUUCCUUGAGAACCUUGUCAAUGGCGGCAAUAGUGGUGGUGUUGGUGAGGAUUAUCCAUGUUUUCGAUCUUCAAGCCCUGAAACAGACACCAUUUUUACAAGAUUCAUGAAUGGUUCGGGUGUGUCGGGCACUCACGAUCUUCAUGAAUACGGGGAGAGAUCAAUGAAGCAAGAAGUGCCAGAUUCUCCAAAGAAUCAGAUUGGUUUCUCAAGUGAAAGUUCAGAGAUGAUUUAUCAGAGUUUACGAGCUCAGAGCUUGGAAAAUGAGACAAAAAUGGAUUGCUCAUUCGGUGUCGUGAAUUCUAUGAUGGAAAACUCUGUGGUACCAAAGAUGGGCAGUGGAAGUGGCAACAACCUUCUAACGCAGAAUAGCUCACCAGCUGGUAUUUUCUCCGAUCCAGGAGCUGACAAUGGUUUUUCCAUGGCGAGGGAUUUGGGAAAUUUUGGAGCUUCUGGUGGCAUAAAGGGGGAAGUUAGUUCAAUGACUUGUAGAUUGAACAGUCAUGUGAAUUUUGCAUCAUCAUCUUCACGCUUGAGACUUAUGCCUCAAAUCGCUGAAGCAGGGGACGAGUGCAUUGGUGCCAGUAUCCCUGAGAAUGGAAGUUUAGGAAAUAGUAAUUCCAGACAUAUACAUUCCCAUCUCAACUUUGCAAAUGAUACUUGGGAAGAUACUUCCUUCAAUAGCCUCAAAAGAGUGAGAGAAAGCGAUGGGAACACUUUAUCAGGCUUAAAUCAUUUGGAAAGUCAGACUGGUAAAUACUUAAAUGGCACCCUUGGCUUGAGUCACCAUUUAAACUUGCCUAAGACUUCUGCGGAGAUGGCUGCUAUCGUGAAGUUUCUGCAAUUCCAAGGCACCGUUCCUUGUAACAUUCGAGCCAAAAGAGGUUUUGCCACUCACCCAAGAAGCAUCUCAGAACGGAUGAGAAGAACCAGAAUCAGUGAAAGAAUGAGAAAAUUGCAAGAGCUUUUCCCGGAAAUGGACAAGCAAACGAACACCGUGGAUAGGUUAGAUUUGGCAGUUCAGUACAUAAAAGAUCUCCAGAAACAGGUCAAGAUGCUCACGAAUACGAAAGCGAGGUGCACAUGUUUAAGUAAACAGAUGCAAUAUUCAAAUGCUUCAGUUUGAUUAUGUUUCUGUACAGAUAGUGAGAAGCAGAUUGGAAAACAGGGAAACAUAAAUCAAAAACCAACUGAAGAUG